AUGUCCUCCCAUCCUAGCUUUAAUAUCCACUGGUCUCGUCACUCCGGGGGGCCGGGACCUAAUCUCGAUCACACCGAGUGGGGCGUGGCUGAUUACGCUGGAAUCAGGGGAGGAAAAUCGCGAAUCGUUUGGGUCUUUCUCAACCAUCGGGCAGUUGGCAACAACUGGAUGCGCAUCGGCAGGAAGCUUGCUAGCGAUGCGAUGAAGAUGAAGCGGGAGAAAGCAAUUCCCCGCCGGUAUUACGCUGGUACCUAUGGGGCGAUCGUCGAGUGUAAAGGCCGGGAGACUCAAUUCUACAUCGACACCCCGGCUGAGUCCGAGGCAGACGAUAAGUCUAAGUCUACUUUGACCCACUGGAUCCGUGAGUUUGACGAUUAUCCUCAACACGACGGCCCGGAGAAAGCGUAUCAGGACACCUUCAUUCGCAAGAUGUACUCGGAUAAGCCCGACAAUCUUUCGGAGUCCGAGUGGCUGGAAAAAGAGUUGGAACACAAACUCUGGGUGAGAGCCAUCGAGCUCUGGGACAAGCCCUUUCCCCCUGACCUGUUCAUGGCGUGUGGGCAAUACUGGGAGAUGAUCGGCCAGAAGAUCACCUCUGCUGCUUGGCAAAAGAAGCGCGAACGAGCCACCAUCAACGCAAAUCGGACUGACCGGCCGAGGUCAUCGGUGGAGGCUACUUAUCUGGGGCCUUACGGAGCGAUGGUCCGGUGUGAUAACCAGGUCGGCUUCUAUUUCGAGGCCCCGGGCGACUUGGCCCUAACUCCUUUCCCUUUGCAAGGCACUGAUGGCUCGGUCUUUCACGGGUAUCCCGGUUGUGGCCCUUACGAGCAUAAAACGGCCUUUCUCCGGAAGAUGUAUGCCCCCGAUGCCACCGAUAAUUGUGCGCGUUGUGCGGCCGUGUCGGACUUGGACCUUGAAUCACGGUUCAUGAUACAACUCGUCGCAUUUGAUGACCUGACCUGUGGCGAGGACUGGGAGGCAGUCGCCCAGGAGCUGACCCGUGCAGCGUGGAAAAAGAAGCGUGAGAAGCCAUUGGCGCCCCCUGAGCCGUACGGUGCGAAGGUAUUCUGGGGAAAUCAUAAAGUCGGGUUCUACUACGAAACCCCGUUGGAUGAUCAUUCCGAAGAAGAUGUCCCUGGCGGCUCAGGCGCUUUUACCCUAACUCCCUUCGUCCUUCCCAAUAGCCACGUCUACUAUGACCCGAGCGACCCUGAUGACUUGUUUCAUGAGAAACUGUUUCUCGGCAUAUUGAUGGCGGACCAGGCUGACGAUCAAAUUGUGGAUGAUGCGCAGGAGAGCUUGUGGUCCCAAUUGCUGAUGCUCGAGGAGUGGCUCCAAGAGGACUGCGAGAGCUCUCCCAACUCUGUCCUGGUGUUCGAGGCCUAG